UUAAUAAGCGAUCCAAGGACCAGAUGGUUCCUCCGCAAGAGUGGAGAGUCCCGGAGCCCUCCUCUUCUCUCCUCUUUUCUCCCCCUCCGUUCGUUCGUUUCUCCCGUCUAGGGUUCCAAUAAGAUGAUGUGGUUUUGAUUUCUUGUUUCGAUUGGUAUUUCUUGGAAAUCUCGAUCCUCGUUGCAUCUUCUUCCAGUGAUCUUUCUUUGGAUGAUCUCGUGGUCUCAUUUCGUCCAAUUCCUGGGAUUAAUUUUGGAUCUAGCGAUGCUGUGUUUGUCCGUUAUCAUGGUUAGUGCAUGAAAUUUUACGCUCUUUAUUUGCAGCUUACCAGAGAUUCGUGAUCCGCUAGCUAGAAGGGUUUGGAACACACCAUCUCACCAGAUUUUCUUAAAUUUUUUGGGUGUUUUCGUGAGAUAGCUUUAGAUCUCCUCUCCUCUCCUCAAUAGCCUUCCGAUUUUUCCUCUGGUUCUGUGUCCCCAUCCCUUUUUUUUCUUUUUCCCUGUUUUAUUGGUAGAAAUCCGUAGUAAAAAAUGGGUAGAAGGGGUGGGUUAAGGUUGAGGUUAGAAUAGUAGUGAUUUUUAAAGUUAUAGGCUUUUAGGGUAUCGCAUAAUUCGAUGGUUAUGGGGACGGGCAUCCGUGACUUGCGAGGAACGACGAGUGGAUUGACAUACGAACACCCCUUCCAUGACCAGACUUCCAUCAAUAAUUUGAAGUCAGUAGGGCCACCCCCACCCAUGUUAGAAAAUGAGAGGUUCAUCGACCUCCAAAACGUCCCCCAAACUUCCACUCUCUCCGGUCCCACAUCCUCCAUCCUCACCACAAGUGCCAAUGCCUCAUCCUCUGUGACUGCAAGCACGGAGUUGGAUCCCGCGGAAGAUGCGGAGCUUUUCUCCGACAUAGUCCUCAGCUACAUCAGCCAGAUGCUUAUGGAGGAGGACGUGGAUGAAAAAUUCGAGCACCCAGCUCUUCUAGCUGCGGAGAAGCCCUUCUAUGAUAUCCUUGCCGAGAAUAGUUCUCUUUCACCGGACCAGCCCCCUUUGUCUUCCAACCAUAGUUCAGGUAGCCCUGAUGAUUCUUCCAAUAACCACUAUGGGAGUUCCAGUGGCUAUGUUAGCAAAAAUUUGGUGGUAGAUAAUAAUAGCUGGCCCUAUGAUUCACUUGAGUAUCAGCAGCUACAGACUCACCCUGCUCCUGUUGAUUACUUCUCUCAGUCUUCAUUUUCUUCCAGCAAUAUCGUAGAAGGAUUAGAUGAGACGCUGGCAAAUACAGUUGCAGUUCCUGAUCUCUUUUCUGAGAGCCAACCUGCUUGGGAACAGUUCAGGAGGGGAGUCGAGGAGGCGCGCAAGUUCCUCCCUAGCGAGGAUAAGUUGGUGAUCGAUUUGGAGGCCAAUGGUUUCUCUUUACCUCGGGAGGAAGUGAAGCAAGAGAAUAAAUUGGUCGAGGUCAAGGCAGAGAAGGAGGAGAGGCAGGGGUCGCGGGGUCGGAAGAAUCCACAUGGUGACGAUUGGGAGUUGGAGGAGGGGAGAAGCAAUAAACAGUCAGCUGUUUUCCCGGAUCAGACCGUUCGUACCGACAUGUUUGAUAGGAUCUUGCUGUAUACCGGGGAGGCAUGUUUAAAAGGUCCUUCUGAACUUCGAGCUGCAAUGGAGAAGGAGGCGAGCAGAAGGUCUCAGAGCAACCAAUCUAAAGGGUCCGGCGGUGGAAAGGGUCGCGGGAAGAGGCAACCUAAGAGGGAGGUGGUGGAUCUUAGAACCAUCCUCAUCCACUGUGCUCAGGCUGUGGCAAUCGACGAUCGCCGGAAUGCAAAUGAACUACUGAAGCAGAUCAGGCAGCACUCUUCCCCUUAUGGAGAUGCGACUCAGAGGCUGGCCCACUACUUCGCCGAUGGGCUUCAGGCUCGCCUAGCUGGUACGGGGAGCGAAAUCUACAAUUCUCUGGUGGCGAAACGGAGUUGUACGGCGGACAUCUUGAAGGCACAUCAUCUGUACAUGUCUGCGUGCCCUUUUAAGAAGAUCUCCCAUUUCUUCUCCAGCCAGACCAUUUUGAACGUAGCUGAGAAGGCGACGAGGGUGCACAUAGUAGACUAUGGCAUCGGCUACGGCUUCCAAUGGCCAUGUUUCCUCCAACGCCUCUCUACCAGGCCUGGUGGGCCCCCGAGGCUUCGGAUCACCGGUAUUGAUGAGCCCCAGCCAGGUUUCCGUCCGACGGAGCGGAUCGAGGAGACGGGGCGUCGAUUAGCUGAUUACUGCCGGAGCUUCGACAUUCCCUUCGAAUACCACGCUAUUGCAGCCAAAUGGGAGACCAUCCGAGUGGAGGAUAUCAACAUUGAUAAAGACGAGGUGCUCAUCGUGAGCUGUCUGUUUCGGUUCAGGCAUCUGAUGGAUGAGACUGUGGUGUUGGAUAGCCCAAGAAAUAUGGUCCUGAAUACCAUUAGGAAGAUGAAUCCAGAGGUAUUCAUCAAUGUGAUCAUGAACGGCUCGUACAGCGCUCCCUUCUUUGUCACGCGCUUUCGGGAAGCAUUGUUCCACUUCUCGGCCUUGUUUGAUAUGCUCGAAACGAAUGUGCCGCGGGAAGAUGCUCAGAGGCAGCUGAUCGAAAGGGACCUCUUCGGACGGGAGGUUCUUAAUGUCAUCGCCUGCGAAGGCUUGGAAAGGGUGGAGAGGCCUGAGACUUACAAACAGUGGCAGGUGAGGACCCUCCGGGCGGGGUUCACACAGCUUCCGCUGGACCCGGACAUCGUGAAAAAAUCCAGAGACAAGGUGAACGCAGGCUACCACAAGGAUUUUAUUGUAGAUGAGGAUGGCAAAUGGCUGCUGCAGGGGUGGAAAGGGCGCAUCAUCUAUGCCCUCUCCUCUUGGAAACCCAACCACGCUAGCUAGUCUCUUUCCGGAGACAUGGUGCACCGUAUGCUGUAAAUGGAGACGCAUGAUCCACUAGUCUGUUUUACCUACAGACUGCUCUUGAUGACUUAUGGUGGCUGGGGCCUGGCUUUCAGAAAGAAGAUGGUGGAAACUGUAGCUAGGAGCUGUUGAAGUAGAUAACGGGAAGACCGAGGAUUCCCAGAAACUUUCCUCGUGCAGUGGUCCCUAUCACUGUUCGCUGAUAUGAAAUUUUGUAGGUUGGUUUUGUAUGAUGUUAUAAAGUGUGUUAGACCCUUUGAUGAAUGACGGAUCAGAUAGUGGUACCUUGACAAGAGAUUUCUCUCUGACUGUACAAUUUAACCUAUUAGUGGCCCUGCUGCCAAAUGGAUGCCUGGUGGCGGAUUCUGUAAAGAUGCAUGUGCUAUAUACAUUCCAUGCCCUGCUUUGAUCAUUGACA